AAAAUAAUUAAUUAACCAUUUCUUUCUAUUUUUAUCAUUUAUUUAAUUUUUUGCCAUUUUGUUCCAGGAUCAGUAAUCACUCAGAGCCAGCCAGCCUCAAAAAAAUAGGCCUUAUAUAUCUCAGCUUCUUUUAUUCAUCUUCCAUGGAAGCAACCACUCCAAAGCGCAGCGUUUUAGCUUUACCAUUCCUUCAUUUCUUCUUCUUCUGCUAAUUUUCCUGGAAUUUAACUGUCUUGCGGAUUGAAUAGUUUAAACGCAUCCUGGUAAAAUACUAGUGUUUGUGCAACAAUGGUUCUUGGUUUGAGCGCAAAGAACAGGAGAGGGCCUACGGUUCAUGUUGAUUAUCUAAUCCACAUUCAGGAGAUUAAACCUUGGCCACCAUCACAGUCGCUGAGGUCACUUCGUUCUGUCCUGAUUCAGUGGGAAAAUGGUGAACGUAGUUCAGGGUCUACCAACACUGUUUCACCCACACUUGGUUCCAUCGUUGGUGAGGGAAAGAUUGAGUUUAAUGAGUCAUUUAAGUUACCUGUGAAUCUAGUGAGGGACCUGUCUGUUAAAGGCAGGGAUGCUGAUGUGUUCCAGAAGAAUUCCUUAGAAUUUAACUUGUAUGAGCCUCGGAGAGAUAAGAUCCAAUUGUUGGCUACUGCCAUUGUGGAUUUGGCUGAAUAUGGUGCUAUCAAAGAGACGUUAGACAUUACUGUUCCAAUGAACAGCAAGAGGAGCUUUAGUAACACUGCUCAGCCAAUUUUGUUUAUUAAAAUUGAUCGAAUUUAUAAGGGUCGGAACAGCUCUUCAUCAAGAAGUGGCCUGUCAGAAGAGCACUCACUGGACAGGAAAGGAAGUGAGUCAGUUUCUGCUCUGAUGGAUGAAGAAUAUGCUGAGGAAGCUGAGGUUGCUUCAUUCACUGAUGAUGAUGUUUCCUCACACUCAUCUCUGACUGUUUCUUCUUCGACUUUGGAAUCUAAUGGAAGUUCACUUCCUCGAAAUGAAGAGAAUGGAUCAGUCACUGUAAUUGGUGGCAAGGGAGAAGUUAAAGGGGAACAUGCCUUGGCUUCAAAGUUGCACCUUGAAAGAACAAAUGUGGUGACACAGAUCACACAAUGUGAAAACUCUAAGGGGAAUUCAUCGUGCUCGUCAUCAGCAGACUUAUCAUCUGACUUUGAGAGCUCAGUAGAUGCUCAUGCUUCCACAUCUAACUCUUAUAGUUCCAGUUCACCUGUACGAGAUAAUGCUCUCACCCACAAGGUUUAUUUGUCUUCCUCAUCCUUGGCUAAUGAAAAUACACAGAAUGAAAGCAACACCAGCAUGAGAAGCAAUGAACGUGAAGAUUUAUCUCAAAAGGUUCAGGAAAAGGUUGUCAAUGGAGGAACCACAGUUAGGAGUGAUGGUCAAAAUAAGGAAGAUACAUCUGGUAGUUCGAAGGCUAAAUUGGCAUCCUCAGCUAAUGGUCCUCAGAUGGUUGAUAGGCAGGACUCUAAAAGAUUUUGUGAUUCUCUAGUUGAUGGAGAAGAUGAUAAUAAAGCCCGAAGAAAUGGCAAAACUUCCUCUGAGGAGGCUCCAGCUGCUGCUGAUGCAUAUGAUAAUUCUUUGGAAGGAAACUCAGGAUAUGAUUGCCUAGAAAAUGGACAUGAAGGACAAUACGGGGAAGAUAAAAGGUAUUCUACUGAAGAUGAACCAUUGAAUAUCCAUUCACCAGAUAAUUCUUUAAGCCAGGGGAAUCUUGGAACAAUAGGCAAUGUCCUGAAAAUUGACAGACUAAAGCAUGUCAAGUCUGUUCGAUCUUCAUCGGACUCAGUUAGGAGCAAUGGAUUGUCUACCAAUAACCAGCAUGCAGAAUUGAAGGAAGUUGGUGUUCUGGGGGAUGCACCGCAUGGGGGUGGAACCUUCAGAAGCAAAUCAGGCAAUGAAAGGAAAGAUGCUAAGGUUUACCCCAAGGACACUAGAAGUGCCAUUUUGGAUAACAAAGUGCAGCAGUUGGAACUUAAGAUAAAGAUGCUUGAAGGGGAGUUGAGAGAAGCAGCUGCUGUCGAGGCUGCCCUGUACUCAGUAGUGGCUGAGCAUGGAAGCUCCAUGAGUAAGGUGCAUGCUCCAGCUCGGCGCCUUUCUAGGCUGUAUCUUCAUGCUUUUAAGGAAGGCAUCCAAUCAAGGGGAGCAAGUGCAGCUAGAAGUGCUGUUUCUGGACUUGCUCUGGUUGCAAAAGCAUGUGGAAAUGAUGUGCCGAGGUUGACAUUUUGGUUGUCAAACUCUGUGGUGUUGCGAGCAAUUAUAAGUGAAAGUAUUGGAGAUUCAGAGUUACCAAUUUCUGCUGGACCCAUGGAAAGAAUAGGAGGUGGAAUGGGGAAGAAACAGGUAUCAUCUCCGUUGAAAUGGAAAGAAUCCUCGUCUAGAAGAAAGGAAAAUAAACUUAUCUUAUAUGGAAGUUCUAGUGACUGGGACAACCCACAUGCCUUUACUUCAGCCCUGGAAAGGGUUGAAGCAUGGAUCUUUUCCAGAAUCGUUGAGUCUGUUUGGUGGCAGACUCUCACUCCACAUAUGCAGUCGGCAGAUAGAAAGGAAAUUGAUAGAGGUAUGGGCUCUGGCUCAAGUAAAAGCUAUGGGAGGGUAUCUAGUUCAAGUGAUGAAGACCAAAUGAACUUUUCAUUAGACCAUUGGAAGAAGGCUUUCAAGGAUGCCUGUGAAAGACUUUGCCCAGUUCGAGCUGCGGGGCAUGAAUGUGGCUGCUUGCGUUUGCUGUCUAGAUUGAUAAUGGAGCAAUGCGUGGCUAGAUUAGAUGUGGCUAUGUUCAAUGCCAUUCUUCGUGAUUCUGGUGAUGAGAUCCCUACUGAUCCUGUGUCUGACCCCAUUAGCAAUCCUCUGGUGCUUCCUAUUCCAUCUGGGAAAACAAGUUUUGGUGCUGGCGCACAACUGAAAAAUGCGAUUGGAAACUGGUCUAGAUGGUUGACUGACCUCUUUGGUAUAGACGAUGAUGACUCAGUUGGAGAUGAGAAUGACCAGGAUGACAGGGACGAGAGACAAGACACAUCCUUAAAGUCUUUCCAUCUCCUUAAUGCAUUGAGUGAUCUCAUGAUGCUUCCCAAGGACAUGCUCCUAAGUAGACCUAUCAGGGAAGAGGUAUGUCCGACAUUUGGUGCAUCAUUGAUCAAGAGAGUUCUUGACAACUAUGUCCCUGACGAGUUUUGCCCUGAUCGAGUUCCAGAUGUUGUUCUUGAAGCCCUGGAGUCAGAGGAUCCUGUUGAAGCCAGGGAAGGGUCUGUUACAAACUUUCCAUGUGUUGCAUCUCCUCCAGUUUAUUCAGCACCUUCAGCAACUUCUGUUGCUAGCAUCAUUGGAGAAAUUGGAAGCCAAUCUCAGCUGAGAAGAAGUGGAUCCUCAGUCCUCAGAAAAUCAUACACAAGUGAUGAUGAGCUUGAUGAAUUGAAUUCACCCUUGGCUUCAAUCUUCAUUGAUGGCUUCCGAUCAUCGCCAAUUCAAUCAAAGCCUAACUGGAUAUCGAAGGGAAAUGGCUAUCAAAAUGCUAUCAGAUAUGAACUCCUACGGGAUGUAUGGAUGAACUCUGAAUGAAUGUAGAUUAUGUGUUAAUGAGUGUAUAAAUGAUUGACACUGCCUUCUGCUUCCUUGAGCUGUAAAUCUGUAGGUAAAUUUUGGUUCGUUGUUCUAUAUUGGUGUAUCUGUAUAAAGAAAAGGUUGACCAUUGUUGUACUUUUCACCUAAGUAUAAUUAAUGGAGGGUCUUCUCGAAAAUAACCUUUGAAGAAACGAAG